AUGCUCUUCGACAUGAAAUCUGUCAUCCUCUAUGGACUGAUGGCGCUGGCCCAUGCCUCCCCUCUCCCAGAGCUCAGCAAGCGCGCCAAACUCAGCGACUUUCAGUGCCCUGACGGCACCACAUUGUCUGAGCACGACAUCCGCGAAGCAUUUCACGAGUGCCGAAGACUCGAUGAUGGCUCUAUCGGCAAGUACCCAGCCUUCUUUGGCAACAAAGGCCAGAACGGAAAGGUGUUCAGCAAUAUUCCCGACGGCACCGACCUGAGGGAAUUCCCCAUCAUUGUUGAUGGCGUAUACGAGGGCGGUGAACCUGGCCCGUACCGAGUGGUCACUGAUUACAAGAACAACCGCGGUGAUUUCCGCGGCGUGAUGCAGCAUACCGGUGCAACCGUCGGUGGUUCCUAUACGGCCUGCACGCGGGUCACCGGCUCCAAGCGUGAGCUCAGCAAGUAUGACGAAAAGGAUGAUAAAAAGGACGGCAAGAAAGAUGACAAGAAAGAUGACAAGAAAGAUGACAAGGGUGAAAACGAAGAGCGCAGCAUUAAGGCGACUGAGACCGACUCUAAUGAAUUCGACCACACAAAUGACCUGACCACUCGCAGCAAGAAGAAGAAGAUCGGUAGCGCUACCUGCUCUGACGGCGUCACGCUCUCAAAAGACGCUGUUGCCAGUGCGUUCAAGGAAUGCAAGAAGUUGGACGACUAUGGCGCCGGCGGCUACCCGCACAAAUUCGGCAACACGAGCGGUAACAGCCAGGUCUUUGCGGGCGUCACCAAGGACCUACGCGAGUACCCUAUCAUUGAAGGUGGAACUUGGACUAGCGGCGAACCCGGCAAGUACCGCGUUGUCACCGACUACAGUAACAACUUCGUUGGAGUUAUGAUUGAAAAUGCCGGUGCCUCUUUCUCCCGCUGCACUGUCAACUCUGAUUAA